UCUACCAUACCUAAGUACAGUGAGGAAGAACUCCAGCAACAUCAGAGGUCUGACCCGGUCAUUGGUCAUGUUGUCAACCUGUUGGAGGUUGGAGAUGAAGCAAACCCCAAUCCCAGUCCUGAUUCUCUGGAACUUAAGUUAAUACUCAAGGAAUGGAAACGGUUGGAGAUGAGAAACGGUCUCCUCUACAGAACCCGCCGAUCAGAAGACGACAUCACUUACCAGUUUGUGGUCCCAGAGCCCCUAAGGUCUGCUAUUCUUACAUGCCUCCACGACGAUAUGGAACUUGCGGUUGAGAAACAAACACAAGCUUGCGGAUAAGUGGGAGCCCAUUAUGUACAAAGUUCUGAAAAAGAUGGGCGACUUACCUGUGUACACAGUACACCCCCUGAACGGAGAUGGUCCCAGUCGCACCUUACAUAGGGAUCUCCUACUCCCUUGUGGUGACUUAUCUGAAACAGAGGAAACGGAACGGCCCGAACCAAAGGCCCGUCGGCCAAGAACUAGGCAUAGUCAAACUCAGCCACUUGAAGAGCAUUCAGAGUCUGAGGAUGAUUCACCCUUUUGUCCUACCCAGCUGUCUGUCAUUCCUGAGGAAAGGUUCUUUCAGGUGUAUGAAAUUCCCAAGAGGAAGCAAACCAUUUUAACUCCAGCCGCAGGGGGUAACAAUUUACCAGUCAUGCCAAUAGCCUCCUCAAACUCCUCAGGCUCUCAGGAUGAGCCUAUUGUAGGCAGUCCCCCUGAGUCAUCUACAGAACCUGAUGGGACACCUCCUGAGAUGAUUGAAGGAAAUGAGUCAGAGAUUAUGGAUAAGCAAACUGCUACCGGGAAAGAUGUAACUUCAACGGGCGUGACGAAUGUAAUUCCAGCGGUUAUUGAGUAUGACAGUGAUGUUUUUCCUGUUAGCCUAGAGGACCCUGGAAAUGGAGAAGCUGUUGAUGAGGUUCAGCAAAACGAAUUGCCUCGAACACAAACCUCUGAGAUAACUGAAAGAACAGAGAAAAGUGAAAAUAUUGAGGACGGAGAAACAGAUGACCCUACACGCAAAUCUGAGAGGUCACGGCGACCACCAGACCGCUUCCAGUACAUUCAAUUGGGGAAACCCUUAAUAUCCCUUGCACAGAGUCUUUUAGAGAGCUUUAAACAAGCAUUUGACAUCAUUGGGGGUAAUGAUAGUUUCCAAAGGGACCCCAUAUCCAAGCAUGAAGGGACCCAUGCAGAGUCAAGGGGGGAGGGUGUAACCCAUAUGAAACAUAGGGCUACUAAAACCAUAUAUGUUGUUUAGAGGUGUAGUUCUAUAUUUUCCCACCAGAGAGCGCAAUACACUAGAGCGUCAUAAACAGACUGUAUCAGGAUUGGUAGAGAGUGCUACGCGCAG